GCUGACGUCAUGAGAGCUGCAUCAGCUGUGAGCCCCUCGUCCUUAGCUUGCAAAAUAUACUCUCUCUUCUUUUUUUUUUGCUGCCCGCAUCUGCUCUGACAACGGGAAUAUAUAUGAUAUUUUCCACAAACCCUGAAAUGGCUACACAGGAGGUACAACCGAAUGAGACUCUCACCAACCUAAAAGCGGAAUCCGACACGUUGAAAACGAAGCUCGAGGACGAAAGAGCGAAGCUGCAUGAUGUUGAACUCCACCAGGUGGCAGAGAAGGUGGAUGGACUGGGCCAGUUUAUCAUGAAGACCCGGCGUACUCUGAAGGGACAUGGAAACAAAGUUCUCUGCAUGGACUGGUGUAAGGACAAGAGGAGGAUCGUCAGCUCAUCACAGGAUGGAAAAGUGAUUGUAUGGGAUGCCUUCACCACUAACAAGGAGCACGCAGUGACCAUGCCGUGCACCUGGGUGAUGGCCUGUGCCUACGCCCCCUCUGGAUGUGCAGUGGCCUGUGGUGGUCUGGACAACAAGUGCUCAGUGUACCCUCUGUCGUUGGACAAGAAUGAGAACCUGGCAGCGAAGAAGAAGUCUGUCGCCAUGCACACCAACUACUUAUCUGCCUGUAGCUUCACCAACUCAGACAUGCAGAUCCUGACGUCGAGCGGAGACGGAACCUGUGCAUUAUGGGAUGUGGAGAGCGGUCAGCUGUUGCAGAGUUUCCAUGGACACAGCGCUGAUGUUCUGUGUCUGGACCUGGCUCCUUCUGAGACCGGCAACACCUUCGUCUCUGGGGGUUGUGACAAGAAGGCCAAUGUAUGGGACAUGCGCUCAGGCCAGUGCAUUCAGUCCUUCGAAACCCACGACUCAGACAUCAACAGUGUCAGGUACUACCCCAGUGGAGAUGCAUUUGCCUCAGGUUCUGAUGAUGCCACAUGUCGUCUCUAUGACCUGAGAGCAGACAGAGAAGUGGCCAUUUAUUCCAAAGAGAGCAUCAUAUUUGGUGCCUCCAGUGUUGACUUCUCUCUCAGUGGUAAGAUACUGUAUUCAUGA